AGAGGGUUUUGUAUUACUAAAAGAAUAUAGUUGGAGAGGUGACACCACCUUACUGUCCUCAUUUCAAAAGAAAUAAGGAAACAUUUUAAAUAAUUAAUUCCACCGUAAGAUGAGUGUUAUCGCAAAAUGUGUGUAUAUGUUGUCUUCGAGAGCAAAUAACUUUGACAGUAAAUGACUAGGUAAUCAGUGAAGUAUAAGCAACACUAAAAUAAACAGAUGGCAUGAUUUGGUAGUUUUGGAAUGAUAUCAAGUUAAAGUGGAUGAUCAGUUCCAAAUCUUUUAUUCUUUGGGUGCUAAUGAACUCUUGUUCCCAAGUGCUAUAUCUUCCAUCAGAUUACCUAGAAGGCACUCAUUCACAACCACUCUACAACCUCUGACCACUUGAGGAGUUGUCACGCAAGCAGAGUAGCAGAACCAGCAUGGCAGGACAUGCUCUUCAAACUUCGUGAGCUCUAUUCAAUGGUACUGCCUCAAAGAUAUGAAAUUGCAUCAGGAGUAUAAUUUUCAUUUUUUACUGCCAACUGCGGAAGCCCUUGGAUGGUUUUUCUUGGUUUGCAUGCAUGAGUAGUUUGGAUGGAAGCUGCUGAAGUAAUCAUAUUCAAGUAGACUAUGAGAAGAACAGGAAACCUUUAAUCAUCCCAAGCUCCUGUGCUGAUAAUAGUAGAACUCUGAAUGUGGACUCUACUGCAAUGACACUUCCUAUGUCUGAUCCAACUGCAUGGGCCACAGCAAUGAAUAAUCUUGGAAUGACACCGAUGGGAAUUGCUGGACAACCAAUUUUACCUGACUUCGAUCCUGCUCUCGGAAUGAUGACUGGAAUUCCACCCAUAACUCCAAUGAUGCCUGGUUUGGGAAUAGUACCUCCACCAAUUCCACCAGAUAUGCCAGUAGUGAAGGAGAUCAUACACUGUAAAAGCUGCACGCUCUUCCCUCCAAAUCCAAAUCUUCCACCUCCUGCAACCCGAGAAAGACCACCAGGAUGCAAAACAGUAUUUGUGGGUGGCCUGCCUGAAAAUGGGACAGAGCAGAUCAUCGUGGAAGUAUUCGAACAGUGUGGAGAGAUCAUUGCUAUUCGGAAGAGCAAAAAGAACUUUUGCCACAUUCGCUUUGCUGAGGAGUAUAUGGUGGACAAAGCCCUUUAUCUGUCUGGUUACCGCAUUCGCCUGGGCUCUAGCACUGACAAAAAGGACACAGGCCGGCUCCACGUUGACUUUGCACAGGCUCGAGAUGACCUGUAUGAGUGGGAAUGUAAACAGCGCAUGCUAGCAAGAGAGGAGCGCCACCGCAGAAGGCUGGAAGAAGAAAGAUUGCGCCCACCAUCCCCACCCCCUGUGGUCCACUAUUCAGAUCACGAAUGCAGCGUUGUUGCUGAAAAACUGAAAGAUGAUUCCAAAUUCUCGGAAGCCGUGCAGACCUUGCUUACCUGGAUUGAGCGAGGUGAGGUGAACCGUCGCAGUGCCAACAACUUCUACUCCAUGAUCCAGUCCGCCAAUAGCCACAUCCGCCGCUUGGUGAAUGAGAAAGCUACGCAUGAGAAAGACAUGGAAGAAGCAAAAGAGAAGUUCAAACAGGCCCUUUCUGGAAUUCUCAUUCAAUUUGAGCAGAUCGUGGCUGUGUACCAUUCCGCCUCCAAACAAAAGGCCUGGGACCACUUCACAAAAGCUCAGCGUAAAAACAUCAGCGUUUGGUGCAAACAAGCUGAGGAAAUUCGCAACAUUCACAAUGAUGAACUAAUGGGAAUCAGGCGAGAAGAAGAAAUGGAAAUGUCUGAUGAUGAAAUAGAAGAAACAAAAGAAACUGAGGAAUCAGCUUUAGUAUCACAGGCAGAAGCUCUGAAGGAAGAAAAUGACAGCCUCCGCUGGCAGCUUGAUGCCUAUCGGAACGAGGUAGAACUGCUCAAGCAAGAACAAGGCAAAGCCCACAGAGAAGAUGACCCAAACAAGGAACAGCAGCUGAAACUCCUGCAACAAGCCCUGCAAGGAAUGCAGCAGCAUCUACUCAAAGUCCAAGAUGAAUACAAAAAGAAAGAAGCUGAACUUGAAAAAGUGAAAGAUGACAAGUUGCAGGCCGAAAAAAUGUUGGAAAAUCUCAAAGAAAAGGAAAGCAGUGCUUCUAGACUGUGUACCUCAAGCCAGGAUAGUGACUACCCUCUUGAGAAGACCCUGAACAGCAGUCCUAUCAAAUCUGAACGUGAAGCACUGCUAGUGGGGAUUAUCUCCACAUUCCUUCAUGUUCACCCAUUUGGAGCGAGUAUUGAAUACAUCUGUUCCUACUUGCACCGUCUUGAUAAUAAGAUCUGCACCAGUGACGUGGAAUGUCUCAUGGGUAGACUCCAGCAUACCUUCAAGCAAGAAAUGACUGGAGUUGGAGCCAGCCUGGAGAAGAGGUGGAAAUUCUGUGGCUUUGAGGGCUUGAAACUGACCUGAAUCCCUUCACUUAGCAACUUGGGAUCCUGAAAAUAAAUGUGUGUUGGACAAGCUUAGAACGUGAUUUGUAUUUUCAGUGGUUUUCAAGUAGAAACUUGCUUUAUCAAUUCAUUCCUGAGCUAUCUUUUGAGUUAAAAUAAGGAUCCUAGAACAGCACCUUGAGCUACAGGCCCUAAAAAACAAAUUGACUCAAGCCUCAAGUGCUGGAACGUCCUCCCCUUUUUGUCAAUUGGUUGUCUUUUUGUUUAAAAUAGUAUUGAAAAAGUGCUGAGGCUAAAGAGUGAAGUGUUUUCAGUGUCUGUACUACUGUUGUAGAUUUUACUAUUUUUAAAACACUGUUAACUGAAAUGUUUUGAUGAUUUAUAUGUGAUUUGUGUUUCAUAACGUCUCUUCACAUUGAUGUUGCUACUGGUGAAAGGAAUGAGGGGAGCACUAGGUAGGUACUCUAUAUCACUGACAUUGUCUUUCUGAUCUCCAGUAGGCCAGUGAAAGAAUAACAUCAGUGUCUUCUAGAAGGUGCUUGACCAUGUUCACCUUUUAAACGACAAAGCAUGGUUUGUGGCUUUUUGUUAAAUUACUAUGAACCAAACGGUGACAAAUGUUCCAAAGUUAUUUUCUCUAAUAUAGCAGAUAAAAGGUCUAUUUCAGAAUUUUAAAAAAUAAAUCUAGACGUAUUCACGGAAAGCAAGUAUCCAGUAUGACUGGCAUGUGUACAUGCUCUUCAGAAUCACCUUGUAAAUAGUCUGCUUUUAAAGGAGGGCAUGUUUAGUUUUCUAUGAAUUCACACACGCACGCGCGCGCGCACACACACACAGGUUAGCAGAAGAGAUUUAAUAUUCUUUCCCUCUGGCCAACUUACAAAGUCUGUUGGUCCCUUUUCUUCUGCUGUCAGUGUGUAGAAUUGCAAACCAUGUACUGCUGUAAAUACUGUUUACUUCAUGCUGAAUGUUUGCAAAGAGUCCUGUGAGUAUUAAUAGAAAACGCUUAGUAAUUAAUAAAUAAUGGGCCCUGGGUGUGUGAGGCUUCCUGCAAACAGGUCAGCUCCACCUAGAGUGCUGGUUGCCGGGACGCCUCCAGUUGGGUGGUGCCCUUUAGCAGAUUGCAAUGGCAGAGUGUGUGGACCAGGCAGAAAAUUCUGCUUGGUGGAAAAGAAAGGGAACGUACAGGGGUUUGGAGGUCAUAUCCCAAGGCGGAUUUGGUCUUUUUUUUAAUUUAAUUUAAUUUAAUUUUUUGGUGGUGGUGCUUAUAAUAAUGUAAGCGUGCCCUCCCUUGAGUCUCUGUUCAAGAAAAGAGAAUGUACUAAGUAAGCAAAACCAAUGGAGAGUAUUUCAGGAAAAUACUUUGUAAAUAAGACGUCAGUAGUGUUCAAAGUUGUAUUUUUAAAAGAUAAAUAUUCCUUUUUUAUACCUUAGUUUUGUGUUCUGUUUUGAAUAACUUGCUCUCUGUGUAGUC